AUGAAUGUUGAAAACGACAUUGAAAAAUGUUUAAUUGCUCGGGCACAAAUGGGACAACCUUGCGAUAAAGCCGAGUUGAAAGAACUUAUGAUUGAUAAUAAUAUUUCUGACAGUUCAUUUGUCUUCAAUUGUGAUGAAAGUGGUUUCCAAACAGAUCCAUCUAUUGGACAAAAAGGUAUUGCAUUAAGUCGUAUUUCAGGUGGAUCUGGUAGUGAAUCAAUAUCUGUGUUGGCUUGCUGUGCUGCUAAUGGAAUUUAUUUACCACCUUUUAUUAUAUUCAAAGGAAAAGCAGUACAGGCCAGAUGGACAUCAGAUAAAUCUUAUCCUGGAACAUUAUAUGCAGUUUCAAAUAAUGGGUGGAUGGAAGAGACACUUUUUUAUAACUGGUUAAAUACUAUGUUUGUAGAUUAUAUCAAUGCUCUAAGAAAAGAACGAAAUAUGGAACAACAGAAGGUUGUGCUACUGUUUGAUGGGCAUUGUUCAUAUUCAAGUUUGCGCAUAGUUCAACUUGCAAUUCAAAAUAAUAUAAUAUUAGACAGAUUUCCAAGUCAUUUAACCGAUCAUUUACAACCAUUAGAUAAAUGUGUGUUUGGACCUCUAAAGACUGCAUGGAACAGACUUUUAAUACAGUUUGGAAAAGAUAUGAUAGGUAAAGGAGCCGGCCGUUUAACUAAAGGUAUGUUUUCAGAGAUGUUAGGCAAAUUGUGGAGUAAUGCAAACAACCCUAUUAACAUUAUAUCUGGAUUUUCUACAACUGGUUUGUUUCCUUUUGACAAAUAUAAGUUUCCUGUGAAUGAAUUUGACCCAGUUGAUCUUGAAGAAUACUUAAAAUGUAAAGCCAAUGAAGACAGUAAUGAUCCUUCAGUUUCAACAAUUAAGCAACCAAAUAUUAUUCAACAUAAAUCAUUAGAUAUGCAUGCAUAUGAAGUUAAUAACAAUCAAUGCUUUGAACAGUAA